UAAAACAACAUUAAUUGUUUAUGGUUCACUUUCAGUCAAGCAUUCCUUCGACUUUUGCUUGUUUGUUAAUUAUUUGAGUUUUUUAGGUCGUUUUCCACGUUUUAGAUAUGACAGUGUGUGAUAUAAGUGUUACGAUAGAGUGGCGCUGAUAUUAACAAGUGAACAACCGGUCUAUCAUCAUGGAUACCCCAACAAUGGACACUAUUUACCAGGCCAUAAGCGCCUUGUAUGAUAACCCCAAUGCUAGCGAAAAAGAAAAGGCCUCGCUAUGGCUAGGGGACAUGCAAAAAUCUAUACAUUCGUGGAAGAUAGCCGACGAGCUUUUACAACAGAAGAAAGACAUAAACUCAUGUUACUUCGCUGCUCAGACGAUGAGGUCCAAGGUGCAGCACAGCCUGUCCGAACUGCCCCCUGAGGCCCUGGUGUCGCUCAGAGACUCCCUGGUGGCUCAUCUAGAGAGCACCUCCCCAGAGACCAGUGCCUCGGUGCUCACGCAGCUGUCCCUGGCGCUGGCAGACCUUGCUCUACAGAUGCCUUCCUGGCAGAACUGCAUUGGUGACCUAAUUAAGUCAUUUUCAAACAAAAAUGAUUUUGCCCUUCUAGAAAUAUUGACUGUGUUACCUCAAGAAAUAGACUCUUCUAGCUUGAAACUUGGUGAAAACAGGAGGGAAGAAAUUAAGUCUGAGUUAAGGUCAAAUGCUCACAUAGUUACUUUAUUUCUUAAAGAAAGUAUCACUAAUUCUCAAAAUACACAUGUUGCACUAAAAAUCAUUAAAUGUAUGACAUCUUGGAUUCAAGUGAGGGCAAUAAAUAUACAGGAGGUUCCUCAGAAUGCAGUCAUAGGGUUCAGUUUACAGGUAUUAAGGGAUCACAAUUCUAUAAAUACACUGCAUGAUGCGGCUUCUGACUGUAUUACUGCAUUACUGCACUGUUUAGAGGAAAAUAAUAAUAAUGACAAUAUAGAGAGACUGUUAUUUGAGAGUGUGUCAGCUUUGGAGGAGAGUUACCACAUGGCGGUGGCUCAUGAGGAAGAUGAGAAGGCUACCAACUAUGCGAGAGUAUUCACUGAGUUGGCCGAAACAUUUCUGGAGAAGAUAAUCAUAUCUAUGUCUGGAGGAACCACACACUUUGCUAUGAGGUCCCUGGAGCUGGCACUUGUGUGUGUCGGACAUCAUGACUAUGAGGUAGCGGAAAUAACAUUCAACCUGUGGUAUCGGCUAUCAGAAGAAGUGUACCAGCGCGACUACCAGCCUCUGACGGAUUCCUUCAAGCCUCACAUUGAGAGGCUCAUCGAGGCGCUGGCGAGGCACUGCCAGUGUGAGCCUGACCAUACUCAGCUGCCUGAGGAGGGGGAUGAGUUCUAUGAGUUCCGCAGCAAGGUAAUGGGCCUGAUCAAGGAUGUGGUGUUCAUCGUGGGCUCCAGCUCCGUGUUCCGGCAGAUGUUCUCCGUGCUGCACGCCGACAUCAGCUGGGAGCAGACUGAAGCUGCCCUGUUUGUCAUGCAGGCUGUUGCCAAGAAUAUAUUGCCCGAAGAAUAUGAGUACGUACCCAAAGUCGUAGAAGCCAUCCUCUCAAUGCCUGAAGGUGCUCACCUGGCAGUCCGCAAGACGUGCAUCUUGCUGCUGGGCGAGCUGUGCGAGUGGAUCGAGCGCCACGUGGAGUGCCUGGAGCCGUGUCUGCAGUUCCUCAUCCGAGCGCUGCAGGAGAAGCAGCUGGCUUAUGCUGCUGCUACUGCGCUGCAGAACAUCUGUCGCGCCAGCCGAGCACAAGCCGCCCAACACGUAUCAGCUCUCCUGCAAGCCGCAGCCGCAUGCGAGGCGCUGGCGCUGUGCCCGCAAGCCUCCGCCGCGCUCAUGCGGGCACUCGCCUCCGCUAUAGGCCGCCUGCCCAACCAACAGCUAACAGUUGCGAUGCGCGAAGCCGUCGCCGUUCAGAUCAACGGGCUAUCCGACCUUAUGAAGAGUAACGCGGAAGUACGCAAGGGGACCAGCACCGACCCUUGUGUGUGGCUGGACAGGAUCGCGGCUCUCUUCCGAGAUGUGGACGUGGCCAGUUCAGCUCUGAGUGAAGGGCAUCCUUGUGUACCAGCGUUGUCUGACGCGUGGCCGGUGCUGCAGGCUGCUUUGGACCGGUAUGCUACGGACGGGAGAGUCAUGGAGCGGUGGUGCCGCUGCGUGCGGUUCGGCGUCCGCAUGGGAGGGAAACGAGCUGCCGCACUGGCCCCAGCUUUAGCUAGCCGUCUCCAACAGCUGUACCGCAUAAGACCCCACUCGUGUGUGCUGUACUUGGCGUCGGUACUGCUUGAUGAGCUGGCGGGGGAGCCGGCCGCGGUGCCGCCGCUCGUGGCGCUGCUGCAAGACGUCAUGCCGCAAGCCUUCCAGCUGCUGCAGCAGGAACAUGGUCUGAAGGAGAACCCGGAUACUGUUGAUGAUCUGUUUAGGCUUUGUAUAAGGUUCUUGCAGCGCAUCCCGCUAGAGUUCCUGUCAUCGGGCGCGGUGUCGACCGUGCUGCAGUGCGCGGCGCUGGCGGCGGCGCUCGACCACCGCGACGCCAACUCCUCCGUCAUGAAGUUCCUCUACGACUUCGCUAAGGUGGCCAAUAAUACAAGACCAGAGAAGCAGCAGAUUAAAUCUCUAGCCGACAACGCCCUCUCAACAUACGGCUCGGACCUGACCUACCGUCUCAUAGAAGCCAGCGUACUCCACCUCCACGCCUACAUGCUGUCGGAAGUGGGCGAGGUGCUGCUGGAACUGCUGGAGUGGCAGCGCGGCGCCGGCGUGGACUGGCUGCACCCCGCGCUGCAGCGCCUGCCCAGGGACCGCCCUGCAGUGGCUACAGAGCAGCAGUGCUGGCAGUUCCAUCAGUAUGCUAUGAGGGCAGAGAAAUGCAAGGAAAUGACUCGGUUACUGCGAGACUUCGCGAGGCUAUACCGAUAAGACGUAACAUUUUAUAUUAUAAACAAAUUAUUGAACCAAAACAGGACUAACAGAGUGACAUGCUCGCAGCGAGUUCAGUGUCAAUAUGGACGAAUUUCAAAUGAGUAUCAAAUAUGAGACUAAGCUACACUAGUGAAGUGAAUUGACUUUAUGAAUAAACGGAAAUAUGUUAAAAACUGUUAUAGUGUAGCUAUUUGUAAAGCCUUGCAUCUGUGUCGACUAGGUAUUUGGAAAUAAAAUUUAAUUCAAUUUGCCAACUGACAACGCUCAAAUCACAGGCAACUAAUUUAGUUACUAAAAGAUGUGUGUGUUCUGUUUUUUUUUAUUGUUUUUAUACUAAUAAUGAAUAAAUUACAUUUUGUACAAUUUGAUUCGGGCCUGUGAUUUCAGAAAAAAUAUAACUUGGACAUACCUAAAAUGUACAUACAUAAAAUUGCAAUCCAAUUAGGGCCAAAUAUUGCCAAAAUCUACUUCAGUAGACUUUUAUCUAUCUAUAAAGCCAACAAAAUCUAGAUAGCCAAUUUAGUUAGACAAAUAAAAAAAAUACAAAAAGCUUGCUCAUAUUAUGUACUUUCAUAAUACCAAAAUUAACCCUAGCCCUAAAUCAGUGUAAAGAGAGAGUUCUAGAAAUUUCCAAGAGAGUCGUCACAAUGCAAGGCUAGUUAUAACGGUGCGUGUAGUGUAGCGUGGGAAGCCAGAGCAAUAACGUUGAUUCAACAGUACACGUAGGUCUGUCUCUAUUUGUCUUGCGUUUCUUAUGAUUUGACCACUAUGUCGCGUUCUCUUGUACAUUACGAAGAUAAUAUUUUAUUUGGAUUUUUAAUAUUGUAAUAGGAAGAUGUGGUAAAUACUUUGGUAUUUGUCAAUAUUUUAUUGAAGUCUUGAAUAUUUUUAUCAUCGUUACGAAAUUGUACCAAUUAUUCAAAUCUGGUUUUAAGUAAUACUAUGCGUGUAGUAAAUUAUUUACAUAUUUACAAUCACCUUUUUUAUAUUCGUUAGGCGUACACGUAACUGCAAGAGAACGUAGCGAAUAAUUUAACCAACUGCUGGAAUGAUGAUCAAACUCGUAACGUUACGAGGCGCGAACGAUCAGUAGGUAAGUAUCAAUACAUUGAUUGAUGCAGAUAUAUUUUGUUAUAUUAUACUCACUUUUAUUUGGAAUGUGAUACUAUGCAUUGAAUUGUAAAUAUUUAUUAUAAAUGUUUACUUUUACAUAA